AUGUGCCCGGGGGGCCGGAGCGGGGCUCGGGGCUCCGGGCUCGGGAGCUCUGCGCCCUCUGCCGUACGCCGGGCUCCACUGCACCGUGGGGUGCGGUACCAGGCGGCGGGCACGCCCCUGAAACCCUGCUGUCUGCUGCAGCCCCCUCUUAGUCGGUGUUCUCCAAAUUCCUCCCUGGAGAUGGGAGAUGACACCUUUCAGAACCACCUCACCAGACUCUCAGGCUUGUCUUCCAGGUCUGUGGCAGCUACCCACUACCCACCACCCGACCCUGCUCUGACACUAUUGCCCACUGCUAGACCCCAUCCAACUUUUCAACAUCUCUCCCAAGGUUUGGCCUUCCUGGGCCUCUGCAGUUACCUGGAGGAUAACCAGGAGCAUUUCCAAGCAUUUCCAAGCAGCUCUCCAACAUGGCUCUGCACCUGCGCAACAAAUCUGCUGCGGAGCCCCUGGGCCCCACAAUGCAGGAGCCACGGCUGCAUCGUGGCGAGCUUCUAUUUCAAGGACAAUGAAGGCAGCCUGCUCCACUCCCUCUUUGCACACAACGAGGUGGGUCCCCAGAAGGACGCCCACUCCACCCUGCUGUCCAAGAAGGAGAUCAGCGACCUCUAGAAAAUCCAUUUUCACAAUGUGAAGCCCGACUGCCUGGAUGCCUACAGCAGCCUGACGGAGGCCAUGCUGUCCACGUUUCACCGUGGGGACCACCCCUGCUCAUUCAUGGGCACCUGGAACUCGGGCUGUGAGGAGCUGGAGCAGGCAGUGCGCCUCUGGCGAUUCUCAGGCGGCUGCCCAGCCCUGGUGCACUGCACGAGCAAGCUCAAGAACAAGGAGUACCUGGAGUCGCAAAAGGAGCAGAGCCAGAUAUUACUGUCCAGGAGAAACAAGAUGCCCCUCGAGUUCAGUUUCUGGAAUGAGCCGCAGCCCAGAGCGGGCCCCAACACCUAUGAAUCGAGGGCAUACAAGCUCAAGCCAGGAGCCAUGAUCGAGUUGGGGAACAACUGGGCUGAGGCCAUCAAGUGCCAGCAGGAGAACCAGGAGGCAGUGGGCAUCUUCUUCUCCCAGAUGGGAGAGCUUGUUACGCACCUUCUCUGGGCCUACAAAAACCUGCCGUCUUGGGAGGAGACUCGAUAUGCUCCUUGGAGGGAGAAAGGUUGGGAUGAAAAUGUCUACUGCACAGUCCCCCUGAUGUGCCACGUGGAAUCUCAGAUCAUGAUCCCUUUGAAGAUCUCACUUCUUCAGUGCUGCUGCUGCUGCCUCCCCGCCACUCCCCUUCAACCUCAGGGCAGCCGUGGACAGUGGAGCUCCUGGUCCUGUUGUCUCGGUUUGCUCUCCAGUCUGGGAGGACUCUGGGGACUAGUGCUCAGCUCAGAUAAUGAGAAACUGAAGGAUGACAGGGUUCCGAGGACUUGCAGCUCUGCCCAGAUGCUUCUCAUCUUCCCCACCCACUCCCUAGCCUGUGCUGGAGCAGUCUUUAAUUUCUCUGAAUGA